CAGACAAUGGCCUUAUCUCCAGCAGGCUUCCAUUUUUAAGGGCCCCAUCAGGUAAGUAAAACCUGCAUGUUCUUUAAUAUUUGAUACAAUCAAGAGGCAAUGUCCUUCUUGUGGUGUGAUAUUAUUGUGGCUAUCAGAAUGUUUUUUAUAUAAAAGUAAUAAAACCGCAUUGUGAUAUUGAUGAUGUUUCUACUCAUAAAUGUUUUGAGUCCUUGGGUGAAUUGGGAAGUAUUUUGCAAAUCCCAGCAAGCACAGCAGAAAGGAGAGAGAUUGGGUUUAAUCACUAAACAGUACUUGUUGUGAACUGAACUCUGAAUUGCAAAAUGUUGGAUAAGAAAGCCUAGUUGGGGUCAUUGUACUCUCUGAGGCACUGACAAAGGCACUGCUAGCCAAAUAGCUCACUGAUAUAGUACUGCUCCUUUUGCUUCCUUACCAAGCCUACACAACUGCACAUUCUCAUAAACCUUUGCUAUGAUGUUUCCUGUUGCGUAAUAAUAUCAAGAUGUUCAUAUGUUCUCUUAUUGCUCGACAUACCCUUUCUGCCAGCAGUCUCCCAUAAAACAUUAUCCUUCACUUCAGACAUGUCUACUACAAUAAUUUAUUUUGGUAGAUAAGAUACCAAAGAUCUAAGAUAUUACCAUCUAAAGAACCAUACUGUCCAUUCCUAUACCUCUUAUAUAGCUUUAUUUAACUGCUCUUUUAAUCCCCUCUAAGCCCUCAACAAAACUGCAUGGCAUCUGUUAUUGCACUACAUCAAGUCUCUCUUUACAUGCACUGAGGUGACUGAGGAAUUUCUCUCACAGAAAAUGAAAGUCAUUAAUAGCAAUGAAUUGGGAAUCAAAGUUAUUAUUAUUAUUAUUAUUAUUAUUGGUAUUUAUAUAGCGCUAGCUUAUUCCGCAGCGCUUUACAAUAAGCUCUAAAACAUCGUAUUGGUGUACCACUUUUGGAAUCUCCCCCGAAGCCCCCCCAAAUGGUUCCCUGAUAAACUCUGAAUAUAAAAACAUUUGAAAAAGAGAACUACAAAUAUAACAAACAAAAAUGCUGUAAGUUAAAACAUGACAAUGGUAAAUGCUGUAUUAAUAUACAAUUGCUUAUAUUAAUUGCAUUUUCAAGCAAUAUAUGUAACAAUGGCAAUUAGAGGGAUACAGAUUUUACAUUUUGUAUUAAGAAGAUAUUUUAACUCUUACUAUCUUUCUGUAGUAUUUUCAACAUAAUUGAAAUGUAUUCUCUUAUUAGUUGCUUGUUUUUUAAAUCUAUGUAACCCUUUAUGCAGCCAAAACUGGAAAUGUGAGAGUGCCUAAACGUGUCACCAAACCCUUCUCCCUAUGCUCUUGUCAUUUCAAAUGAAACUUAAAAUAUACUAAACAAUCGAAAUUCAUAAAAAAAAAACUAAACAAAUGUUUUAACAUGUUUCCACAUUAAACUGUAUGCCUUAGAACAAAGACGUAGGGGAGGCAUGAUUGAAACCUGAUAAUAGACAAAAGAAUUGUUGAACUUAGUAGAAAAUACACAUUUUUUACACAAAAAGAAUGGUGAGAACAAAGAGUUCUGACGUUAGGUAUGAAGAAAGUUAAUCUCUUGGUCUAAAAAAAGAAGAAAAGCAGCAGAAGCACUAUUGAUGUAUGUCCAUCAUAAUCACGAAAGCAGCCCAAGCUUCAUAAUUCAGAAUAAUGAUUUAAACACUUAGGGUUAGAAGGACAACGGUUAGAAUGUUUUGGGUUUUGAGAGUGAGGGUUAGAACUAAUAGAAAUAUGAAUAGGUGUUUAUGGUGAGGGAAAAUUAGAGGGGAUGGAGUGUAAUGUUCGGAUAAUAAGAGUCAAAGAGUUUAGGAGGAGAAUUAUUAUUAUCAGGUGUAUAUGGUUUAACAAUUGGCAUUAUUGAGUUUUGGGCUUCUGGACUUCUUGAAAUACAAUAAGUUGGAUUAGGGCUUUAGGGUUUGGUGGAUUGUGGCCAAGAUAAUUAGUGUUAGGGGUUUAUGGGUGUUAAGAAUGAUUGAAUAGCACUACUCCCAAUCUCUCUCUACUAUGAGCAUAGUGGGACAAAAUGGCAUCUACCAGACCUCUUUUUUUUUUUACUCUGUUCAGACAUCUCUCACACACAACCACUGGCCAAAAAGAUACGCUGCCCAAAAGCAAAGCCACCUAACCAGACAUCACCACUAUCUUUGGUGAUGUCCACUUGGUCAGCACUAGAGAUAGAUGUGAAUUAUAGUGGCACAGGUGGGGAGAUCCUUUGAUGACUAAUCUGGACCUGUAUAUACUAGAAAUAUUCUCCCAGUUUCUGCCUUUGUAUUGCUUUUUGUUGUUGUGUCAGGAAACUAUUGAUGGGUAACUGUCUGCAGGGACUGUUUUAUGCCACAUGAAUUAUUUAACAGUUAGCCACCAGUGAUUAAACCCUCUUUUGUCAUUUUUCCCUCCCUUUUCUUUACAAUGUACUACUGUAACCUUAGUAUAUGGACUAAAAGCAAUCAAUCGAGUUAUGUAGCAAAGCAAGGUAAUUAACAGCACUCAAAACACCAUACCCACUGCAUAUGGUAGUGGUUAUAGUGCCACAUGUAUUUGAGUCUACUGGCAAAAUUUGGUACAUUGUUCCUCCAAUGCUGUCAUUUUUUUCAAAAUGUUCCAAUCCAAAUAUUCCUUGCACCAUAAUCACCACAAUAAGCCAUACUUGUUAUGGUGCUUAGCGUACUCUAGAAAAACACAUUGGUAGUGCAGCUAUCUACAAACGUGCAGAAAUAUCGUACACCAGUACAUACAUUUACAUACAAUUAAUUAUGUAUAUGCGGUGCAAUUACAUUAAAUUGCAACAUGUAAACAGAAUUUAGGUUUUUGCUGAUGUAGAUCAUAGUGAAGGCAUCUCAAAUGGAUGUGAGGGAUUCAAGGUUUCUCACACAAACUACAAUUUGCUUAAUCAAUGUAAAAUACACAUUUCUUGUCUACUGAUUUCCAUUUUACUACAUAACAUAGGUUUUGGUUUAAAUUGUUAACAUUUUUGCUUAUAUUUUGGAUUGAAAGAGUGAUUAGCUCACAUUAUAUAAUGUUACUGAAAGGCAGUCAGAUAAAAAGCUAAAGCAGUUGUUCACAGCUGUGGUGUUGGUGGUAUGUAUGUGGCAUAAUUGUAGCCCAACAUUACCACCAUCUGUUUAAAUUGCAGUACUACAAACAAAUCCAAGUAAGGUGUCCAUCCACACAGUAAAUUGCUGCCAUCUACUGGAAAAUGUAAAUAACUGAAACUGGCAUUGGAAAUAAAAUGUCUGAACUCGUAAAUAUAUAUAUAUAUAUAUAUAUAUAUAUAUAUAUAUAUAUAUAUAUAUAUAUAUAUAUAUAUAUAUAUAUAUAUAUAUAUAUAUAUAAAAAACUAUAGUGUCCCUUUAAGCCUACUGUCUAUUUACAACUCAAUAAAAAUGUAUAUAUAUUUUUAAAUAUUAUAUAUAUAUAUUUUUUUGUAAAUACAUUUUUAUUAUGUUUUUCAACAGUUAUAUACCAAACAUUAAAUGGACAGUAGGCUUAAAGGGACACUCUAGGCACCCAUACCACUUUAGUCCAUUGAAGUGGUCUGGGCACCAACUCCCAUCACCCUUAACCCUGCGAGUGUAAUUAUUGCAGUUUUUAUGAACUGCAAUAAUUACCUUGCAGGGUUAAGUCCUCCUCUAGUGGCUGUCUGCCAAACAGCCACUAGAGGGACUUCCGGCUUCUUAGACUACUAAAGGUUUAUUAGCUUAAUCAUUGCAUACAUCAGUAAAGGCAAAAACGUGUAUCAAAGAUAAUAUCUAGCGAUAGAAUUUCAUGGUAUAGCAUAUUACUUAACAACAUAACUAAAAUAGCAUAAGCCAGCAUCAUAGGGUUUAGUCGAUGUCUAAAUAUCACGACAGUAUCAAGGCGUUGUAUUAAUUUAAUAGCCAUAUGUGUCAAACUGUUCUGGUAUUGGUGAAAUUGUAAGUUCCAUCACAAUCUGUCACUAUAGGUCAAAGUCUAAUUAUGGUUCAUUUGCUAGACAAUAAGAGCAUAGAGUGAUAAGACAGCAUAUUUAGGAAUAGUAACAGAAAGCCUAUUUCUGCAUAGGGUACAGAGGAAACCUAGCAAAAGCCAGCAUCCUGAAACUUAACUUAGGUCGAUAUAGGCAUCAAUUUAAUAAUUAGGCAUUAUAUAAGUUAUGGUAGCCACUUGUGGCACAGGUUUCCUGUGAUAUUUGGACUGUGAGGUUCAUCACUGCCUGUACACUGACUUAAUGCAUAAUUAAGCUUAUUUGUCUGUUCAGUAAUAACAUAGAACUGAGCAAAGCAUAGUAUGUUAGGUUUCAAAAGAAAGUUGUUCCCGCCUUCUAAGAAGGGGAGACAUAGAAAAGGGAAAAGGGCCUACGUGAAGUCCCCUGUUAAGCACCAGUGGGAGUGUAUCCCAGCGCUCCAAUGGGCCUUGUGCCUUGCUGGCCUCUCCCACCUAGGGUCCACAUGCCAUCCAUCUCCUGCACAUCCCCUGCACCUUCAGGGAUUCGGUGAGGAGCUUCACUCGUGGCCACCAGUAUACCGCUGCUCCACACUGUCUGGCUCCACAGGGCUUGCGGCAUUGGGGACAGGUCCCUCCAGGCCCCCCUCAAACCUGGAGGUUGAGGACAACAUGCCUCCAGUGGGUAGACGUUCCGGGGGGCUCCUUCCGCGGGUCAGCAAUCUCCCAGGGCUUAUUUAUCAUGCAUUUGCUUAGGGUCUUCCUAAUUUUAAAGAGUAAUCCAGAUGUGAACCUCGUAUUCAUUGCUCCUAGGGUGUAAACAGUUACACCUUACUGAUGAGGCACAAAUGAUGCCAAAACUGUGAAUUUUUGCUGUAUCACUUCUGCAAAGGUAUAACUUGCCAGCAUUUCAGAACUGGACUGCCUUUAUGGGUAGGAUCAAUCUGAUAUGUGAAUUAAAGUGAUCAAAACCUGUUUGAUAACUAAGCAGUAACUAACCAAAAGGUCAGGUUUUGCUUGUUCUCCGUGCUCUCAUAUUCUGUUUUUCUUUAAUGUUGUUUAAUUGUGUUCAGCCCAAGCUAAUCAGAUAUACUUCCCAAAUGACUUGUCUCUCCUGUCUGUCAUAAUGUCCAACUUUUCUAUCACUAAUAAAACUCCUAUUAAUGUAUAUAUAUCCCCUUUCUGACGUUAGGUUGUUUCGUGCUGUCCUACACAGAGUGGACUUAAAUGUCUGUAUUAUGGUAUGGAAUGCCCCACAGGGUUGGUAUGAGCAGGGUUAAAUCGAUGGAUACUUGAGGCGCCCCUCAUUCAGCUGGGGCAGUUUUUAGUGGACCCAGACUUUUUAAUGAGCUGACUAAAGCGCUGAAAGUCAUUGCGGCAAGCAGCUCUUUAAAUAAGCAUAUAAGUGCCUUUGAAGAGCUUGUGGUGUGAGCAGGGUUAAACCCCUGUUCACACCAGGAGCCACAGGUAUCAAUGGAACCCUGGGGCUCCCCUCUCUCGGCUGGAGACAUUUUUAGUGUCACUAGACUGACCAAUGUGCUUUAAGCAUCUCUGAAUUUCAUUGCUGAUUUAGAGCCCUUUAAAUCCAUUCAUAAACCGAUCAUUCAGCUUUGAUUUUUCAUGGUUGCUGGCUUCCUCAAGCAGACCUCCCAGGGCCGAGCACAAUCACAGUGUAAUUAUUAUUAUUAUUAUUGCCAUUUAUAUAGCGCCAACAGAUUCUGUAGCGCUUUACAAUAUUACGAGAGGGGGGAAUUUAACUAUAAAUAGGACAAUUACAAGAAAACAUACAGGAACGAUAGGUUGAAGAGGACCCUGCUCAAACGAACUCCCAUUCUAUAGGAAGUGGGGUAUAAAACACAUUAGGACAGGAAAUAGCAAUAAAAUAUGGUGGGAGUGAAGCAGAGCUGGAGGAGAGAACAAGAGACAGGGAGGCCAUAAGCUUUCUGGGAGGCCAUAAGCUUUCCUAAAGAGAUGGGUUUUAAGGCACUUCUUAAACGAUUGAAGACUAGGAGAGAUGGUGGUAGGCAGGCUAUUCUAUAGGAAGGGAGCCGCUGGCGAGAAGUCCUGCAAGCGUGAGUUGGCUGUACGGGUGCGAGCAGCGAACAGGAGAAGGUCACGGGCAGAGUGGAGAGACCGAGAAGGAGCAUACCUAUGGAUCUGUGAAGAGAUAUAAGAGGGGCUAGAAUUGUUCAGUGCUUUAUAUGUAUGGGUUAGCACUUUGAAUUGACUCCUAUAGGAUACAGGAAGACAAUGUUAGGACUGACAGAGGGGUGAGGUGUGAGAGGACCGAUUAGAGAGGAAAAUCAUUCUGGUGGCAGGAUUCAUUACAGACUGUAGUGGGGCAACACAGCUUUUGGGAAAACCAAUUAGGAGAGGGUUACAAUAAUCCAAGCGGGAAAUUACUAGAGCAUAAACAAGCUCCUUGGUAGCAUCUUGCGUAAGAAAGGGGCGGAUGCAGGCUAUGUUUUUAAGAUGGAAUCUACAGGAUUUGGCAACGUACUGGAUGUGAAGCUCAAAGGUGAGGCAAGAAUCAAGUAUGACCCAAGACAGUGCGCUAGCAAGGAUGGUGGAUACCACUAAUUUGAAGGGAGAGCGAAAGAGGAGGAUCAGUAUUAGGAGGAGGAAAGACAAGGAGCUCAGUUUUAGAGAGAUUGAGUUUCAGAAAGCGGGAGGACAUCCAGUCAGAAAUGGAAGAAAGGCAAGCAGUGACACGUUGCAGGAUGGCAGAGGAGAGAUAUAUUUUGGUGUCAUCAGCAUACAGGUGGUAGUGGAAUCCAAAAGAGGUAAGUAUAAAGAGAAAAUAGAAGGGGACCAAGGACAGAGCCUUGGGGGACUACAACCGAGUCAGGAUGAGGGGAGGAGGUAUCAUUAGAAAAGGAGAUGCUGAAUGAGGGUUGGGAGAGAUAAGAGGAAAAUCACGAGAGGGCAGAGUCACAGAGACCGAGUGAUUGAAGGAGAACAUGAUCAACACUGUCAAAGGCAGCAGAGAGGUCAAGAAGAAUUAGUAUGGAGUAGUGGUUUUUGGAUUUAGGUGCGAUUAGGUUGCUAGUAACUUUGAUAAGAGCAGUCUCAGUAGAGUGGAGAGGGUGGAAGCUAGAUUGAAGAGGGUCAAGGAGAGAGUUGGAAUUGAGGAAGUGAGCCACACGGGUAAAGACAAGUCUUUCCAGAAGCUUUGAGGAGAAAGGGAGCAGAGAUAUGGGACGAUAGUUAGAUGGGGAGGACAGGUCAAUAGAUGGCCCGUUCAUAAUUACAACAAAUGUAAUAAUGAAAACAACCAAUAGAUGGCAGUCUUUCUCUACUGUUUUAACCCAUUUUCUAAUAUCAGAAUUGAUAUAAUCAGAUGGUUUCCUUAGGGUUGGGGCUAGUUGUGGGGUUAGGGUUAGGAUUAUGGUAGGGCUAGGGUUAGAUUUUGUUGUAAGAGUAAGGUACAGUUAGUGUUAGGGUAUGGUUAGGGUUUGCUGUAAGUUUAGUGUAGUAUUAGAGUAAGGCAAGGGUUAAUGCUUGGUUUGGGUUUAUGCUGUUUUAGAGUUAAGAGAUUGAGUAGGGUUAAGGGUAAAAUUAGGUAUACUGUUAGAGUUAAUGUAAACAUUGGGUAAGGGAUAUGGCUGGAAUAGCGUUAUUUUGGGAAUUCAUAUAGGGUUAGAAAUAACUACUAAAAAUUAAUUUAGAUCCUAGACAUAUUAGGAAUUUAACAAUCAGGACUGAUAUAUGAAUCUAUUUUGAGGUUUUUGUUUUUCAUUUAGUUGCACUAGAUGUGUAAAAACAAUUAUAAGUAUACAUGAAAAACUAAAUUCAGCAUUUUUUCCCCAUUUUUAACAUUUUACUUCCACAUAAUGUUGUGUUAGGUAUACAUAAUAAUAAAAUACCUGUCUGUCCUUUAUAAAACAAUAUAUAAUUUGUAUGGGGCACUUGAAGAGAAACCCUUAAAUCAUGAUGAAAAAAACCUUUAGUUUAAAUUUAAGCUUUUGUUUUUUUUUCAGAACUUGGACAUCUGCCUCCGUUCCCUUCAAACAUGCAACCGUAACCCCAAUUCUCAAAAAGCCCAUCCUUGAUCCCAACUCCCCACCCAACUACCGCCCUAUCUCACUACUGCCAUUUGCCUCCAAGAUCCUCGAGAGAGUUGUGUACGCCAGAUUGACAGACUUUCUCGAAUCCAACUCUCUGCUUGACCCCCUUCAGUCUGGAUUCCGCGCUGGUCACUCUGUCGAAACUGCUGUGACCAAAGUAUCCAAUGAUUUAAUUGCUGCUAAAUCUCGCGGCCAAUACUCUAUCCUAAUCCUCCUUGAUCUUUCUGCCGCCUUUGACACUGUUGAUCAUCAACAGCUUCUUCACAUUCUCCGUAACUUUGGUCUAUGGGAUACUUCUCUUUCCUGGUGCUCCUCCUACCUCUCCCAGCGCUCUUUCAGUGUUUCUUUCUCUGGCUCUGCCUCUUCUCCCCAACCCCUCUCUGUCGGUGUCCCCCAAGGUUCUGUCCUCGGCCCCCUAUUGUUCUCUAUCUAUACUGCCUCCCUUGGUAAACUCAUCAGCUCCUUUAGCUUCCAAUAUCAUUUAUAUGCAGAUGACACGCAAAUCUACCUGUCCUCCCCUGAUCUCUCUCCGCCCACCUUGACUCGUGUUUCUGACUGCCUCUCUACUAUUUCCAACUGGAUGGCUGCUCACUUCCUUAAACUCAACCUGUCCAAAACAGAACUUCUAGUUUUUCCUCCCUCAAGUGCUGCUACUCCUGUGUCUGUCUCCAUCCAAGUCAACGGCGCUACUAUCACCUCUACCUCGCAGGCUCGCUGCCUAGGGGUUCUUUUUGAUUCUGAUCUCUCUUUUACUCCCCAUGUCCAAUCGAUAGCCAAAUCCUGUCGCUUCCAACUCAAGAACAUAGCGCAUAUCCGCCCAUAUCUAACGCUGGACGCGGCUAUGGUACUGGUUCAUGCUGUUGUUCUCUCUCGCCUUGACUACUGCAAUCCCCUUCUCACCAGUCUUACAUGUUCCCAGCUUGCACCACUGCAAUCUAUAAUGAAUGCGGCUGCGAGGCUUAUUUUCCUGUUCGGUCGCACCUCCCACGCCUCCAAACUCUGUCAGUCCCUGCAUUGGCUUCUAGUUAGAUAUAGGGCCCAAUUCAAAAUUCUGGCGCUUGCUUACAAAUCCCUACAUAAUGCUGCUCCAACAUACCUAUCCUCCCUCAUACAUAAGUAUGUCCUGUCGAGACCCCUGCCUAAGACCUACGCCUAUCCUCUGCCCGGAUCCCCACCUCUGAUGCUCACCUUCAGGACUUCUCCAGGGCUGCACCUAUGCUAUGGAACUCCCUUCCCUCCUCAAUCAGACUUUCACCCAGCCUCCACUCCUUCACAAAAUCUUUGAAAACUCACUUCUUCAUUAAAGCGUAUCAAUUAAACUGUCAGCAGGUUUCUCAUCCCCCACCCCAUGACACCUUUCCUGCAACUGUCAAAAAUGACCUACCAAGCACUCAAUAAACCCUUCUGUAACAAACUAUUUAAUUCCCGUACUUUAACCCUUUGUGUCACUAUACCCCACUCCCUCUAGCAUGUAAGCUCAUCGAGCAGGGCCCUCAACCCCCUCUGUUCCUGUAUGUCCAGUGGUCUGAUCUCAAUUAUGUGUCUGUUAGUCCACCCAUUGUACACCUCUACGUAAUUUGUUGAUGCUAUAUAAAUAAUAAUAAUCUGUCAAAGUUAAAGUAAAAUUUCCCUGCUUUAAUAAAAUAGAGUGAUCUAGAGUGAUCAAUUGGCAGGGACUUCAUUUUACUGUAAUUUGAUUUUUUUUUUAACCCCUGAAGGUUAACUUUUAUUUUUCUUAACCCUCAGGGGUUAAAUGUAUUUUAUUAAUUAAUUUAAAUAUUUUAAAAUUGUAUAUUUAGCUAGCUGGGGUGGGUGAAAGUUAGUGGUGAAUUGGGGAAUUUGGAGUUAGGCAAAUGUAAAAAGUAAAAAGUAAAAAGUGUCAAAAUAACCUUAGGUAAAUAACCUGUGAUGUCUACUUUAUAUAAAUAUAUACUUUUCUGUGGCAAUUUUGUUUUCUGUGAUGGCUACUAAACUUACAAGACAAACAUAACAACUUCUAAAAUUGUUUAACAUUGAAAUAUUAUUUUAGUUCUUGUAUUUUUCUGUCCUGUAACUUUCAAAAUAAGCUGAAAUCCUACACAUAUUAUGUAGUCUAAAAAUCGAGACACAUAAAUGAAUUUAUUUUGAAUUACUUUUCGUAAGCUGGACAUAUUAUGCACACGCUAUUAUUGCCAAAACUGUCAAAAAAAUUAGGUUUUUUUUGUUUGUUUUUUUCAAUGAGAAUUUAUCUAUGUACAUGUGACAUCAAAUUAAAGCCCCUUUUGCCCUCUAAAAAACGGUAUAUAAUAUGUGUUGGUGCAAAAAAUGACAGAGGUGCAAAUUGUGUUUGAACACAAAGCAAAAAAUAAAUAAAAAUGGUUUAUGUCCUUAAGGGUAAGACAAGCUUUUAAAGCUGUGUCCUUAAGGGGUUAAGGGGUUAAACUGUGAUGAAUGUUUUUAAAAAUCACCCUGUGUAAAUAAGAUGCAUUGUUCUUGUUCUAAAUUACGUUUUACUUGAAAAAAGCUAUUAUUAGUAAGGUAACCAAAAAUUCUCAAAACAGCACCACCCCUGGCCACAUCCCUCACUCACUUGGCUAAAAUUAAAGUGUCCUUACUCCAUUUGAAAUGUAGGUAAGUUUGAUUUAGUACAGACACAAUGUAUUCAUCAGAGGUGUAAUGCUCUUCCUUCCCAGUGCCCCUUGGUUGGGUUGGAGAUGAUGGUAAUACUGUGGGGAAUGGUACGUUUAGAGUAAGUAUGUGAGCACUCUGCUUAUAUUUUAAAUGGACAAAAAGGGACGCUGUAGAUUUAUGAGUGUGAUUGGGGGUUAAAUUAGGGACAGAGCUGUUCUGAGAGAUAUUAAAGGAUCACUAUAGUGUCAGGAAAACUAAGCGGUUUUCCUGACACUAUAGUGCCCUGAGGGUGCCCCCACCCUCAGGGUCCCCCUCCCGCUGGGCUGAAGGGGUUAAAAGCCCUUCAGUUACUUACCUUUUUCCAGCGCCGGGCUCCCUCGGCACUGGUGAACUCUCCUCCCCACCGACGUCAGCUCCCUCUGCCGACUUCAGCGGAGCCAAAUGCGCAUGCGCUGCAAGUGCUGCGCGCACAUUCAAGCUGUCAAUAGGAAAGCCUUUUUAAAUGCUUUUCUAUGGACGCUCUGCGUGAUGGAGGCAUAAUAUGCCUCCAGCAUCGUAGAGGCUGGCUUAACCCCAAAUGUAAACAUAACAGUUUCUCUGAAACUGCUAUGUUUGCAUCUUCAGUAUUAAAACCUGAGGGACCUGGCACCCAGACCACUUCAUUGAGCUGAAGUGGUCUGGGUGACUAUAGUGUCCCUUUAAGUAACUUGCCAAUAACAAUGUAUGGAAGUAAAACAUAAUUUGGAACAAGAGCAAUGUGUUUUAUCUACACAGACACAUUUCUAAACACAGUUAUUGUAAUUUAAAGACUCAUUACCGUAAGUAUUAUUGAUGUGGAGCACCCCGAAAAUAAAGAUAUUAGGAUAGAAAAUAGGGGAUGUCCCUCCUAAAUAGGGACAGUUGGAAGAUAUGGUUGAGGAGAUGUUGAUACUGGUGUGGGAAAGUUAGAAUAAAGUAUUUUAUAUUAUUCUAGGUUCUACUUUUGUGUGGCAGCUGAUUUUUUUCACUCUUGUCUGUGAAUUGCCCAUUUAUUAUAAUUAGGCACUAGUGAUUAUUACUAAAAGUGCCAAACCUUCGCCUCAUGUGCCAGCAGAGAGGCCUCUGCCUGCCUGUGGAUGGAUGAUAUCAACGCACUAUUAAAGAGAUACUGAACGAAUCAAUACAACUUCAAUGCAUUUGAUUUUGUUUGGUUUUGACCACAUUAAUAUGCUGUAUUUUUUUUCAUGCUUAGACCUUUAUAGUAUUUGCACACAAAAAAUUAAUGUUUGCAGAAAUAUGUUCCAGAAGCCUUUUUCUUUAGCUAUGUCCCCUCACGCCAAAAAGCCUUCUUCAUCGGUGAAUGUACUCAGCUCUUCCCCUAACAGCAACCAAGUGAGCUAUUUUUAAAACAACACUCUAAUCACAAUUACAUCUGCAGCUAUCUAUAUUGGUAAUUAUACAUUAUAAGGAGUCAAAUAAUGUUUUAACAGUUUGACUUCUUACUUCGGGUCCUAAGCAGGGCUUAGCUCAUUGGCAGAGAGCAUACCUGGAACACUCCUUGUGCAUGAAUGUCUAUUUUUUUUUUUUUUGGUUUACGUAGUGAUACCGGUCACAAAACUGCAGUCUAUGCUUCCCAGAUCAAAAUAGAAAUGUAUGCUAUGAUAAAAUAAAUUAUUAUCAUGCUUAAUAAGCUAAUAUAUGUAAUUUUCAGCUUCAACUUCUCAUUUUUACAGGUGGAAUUUCAACCCUGGAUUCCAGCUAACACUGUUUACAUUAGGCUCAGGCAUCAUUGGGUGCUGAGGAGCAGAAUUUGGGGGCCAAUAUGCAGAGAGGAGAGGUACAAAUCAGGGGUGUGCACCCUUACCAAAAGGAAGAGCAACUGCUAGUUUGGUAUGAUGGGCUGUCCUGCAGCAUCUUAGGAUUCCAAGAGCUCCGAGAUGGCCUUUCCACCGAAGGUGAGUAAAUCGUUUGUUCCUAGUUAAUCCUAGGGAUGGACCAAUGUUUAUAUAUCAACAGAAAUGUCAAAUUGUAGUUUAAUAUAUUGUUAUAUGACCAAAUAUGGUAAUUUAUCUCCUGAUGCACAGUUAAGGCAGUGAUAUAUUGUUAUACAAAACUAAUACAAUGGAUUGCAUUAUGCCACCUUUGGCUUUUAACCCACUGUCUAGCUGUUCAUAAGGGAGUUUAGACAGUGAUAACAAGAGGUACACUAUUGUGAUCAUACCAACAUUAUGCCUUGGAAUUUCCUGGUUAGGGUGCCAACCUCAUGAAAUAAAUAUUUAAAUAUUAACAAGCAGCCAGACAGGUCACAGAGAUGUGACCCUUCAGGUCAUAUCCAAAGAUCCAGUAGGAAUAAGUGUGAAUAAGUGAGAAUACCUUAUUCACCUGCAGGGUCAAAGAAAACAAACAGCUUGAUAACAUAUUCAUGCUUUUUUUCAAAUUCAGUCUUUGGAAUGUUGGAGUAAUAAUACAAUGGCCCAAUUCUCUGGUUGGCUCCUGUGCCUCCUGUCAAAAAUAAAUGCACCAGGAGAUGUCAGUCCCCUGGUCUAGGUGCACUUAAACUAAUGUAAUGGGAAAUGAAUAGUCAACUCCUUUAUUUGGAACACAUUGCUAUGUAUCAAAGGGUCAGGGAAGAGCAGCCAUCUUAUCACCACAUAUUGGUUUUGACUACCCUUUGAGGACUAAAACAAUUAUUUUCAUUUCAUGCUUACUUGUGAUUUGUUGACAGGGCACAGAAAACAAAGGUGACAGGGCACAGAAAACAAAUUAAAGGACCACUAUCGGCACCCAGACCACUUCAGCUUAAUGAGGUGGUCUGGGUGCCUGGUCCAGCUAGGUUUAACCCUUUUUUCUAUAAACAUAGCAGUUUCAGAGAAACUGCUAUGUUUAUGUUAGGGUUAAUCCAGCCUCUAGUUGCUGUCUCAUUGACAGCCGCUAGAGGGCUUCCGCGCUUCUCACUGUGAUUUUCACAGUGAGAAGACGCCAGCGUCCAUAGGAAAGCAUUGUGAAUGCUUUCCUAUGGAUUGGCUGAAUGCGCGCGCAGCUCCUGCCGCGCAUGCGCAUUCAGCCGAAGAGGAGGCGAGGAGGUGGAGAGAAGGAGAGCUCCCCGCCCAGCGCUGGAGAAAGAGGUAAGUUUAGCACCUUCCUCCCCCCAGAGCCCUGCGGGAGGGGGACCCUGAGGGUGUGGGCACCCUCAGGGCACUAUAGUGCCAGGAAAACUAAUAUGUUUUCCUUGUACUAUAGUGGUCCUUUAAAGGCAAGUAUGGGUAGAAACAAAAGUUUAUUAAAUAGUUUGCCCUUCUGUGCAUAAUCAUGCUGUCUCCUACAGGUUUUAGUUCACGUGUAGCGAUAGCAACAACAUAUAUAUAUUUGUUUCAGGCUUCAUCGGUAGUAAUCAUUGAGGUAACACAGUGGGCAUUUUCCAUGUCUGAAUAACCAUUUUGACUUAGUCAUAUGCUGAUUUGCUAAGGUGUCUCUAGUGCAAAGGGAACUAGUCAGCAUUUCAGAUAUGGACUGCCCUUGUGGGUGCGAUCAGUCUGAUAUAUGAAUGACUAAAGUUUGAUUUGAAAAAUGUGCAUAACAAGUGUUGCUCACUGUACAUCAAAGGGCAAGCUAUUUCACGUGUCCUCUAAACAUAUUGUUCAUGUUUUGGUAAUGUUUGGAACAAUGGCUAGUGUGCAAACAAUGUAUCCUGGAUCAGUGGUGUAUUCUGGUUUUGUGCUGCCCUAGGCAUGACAAAACUUGGGCCCCCCUCCAAAUAUCUCUUACUGAUAGACACAGGCACUCACUGAUACAUGACCUGACAUACACUGACUUACAGAUGCACAGUCAUAGUAACACAAACUGUUUAACCAACACACACUUUUACUGAAACAUACACAUUCACAGAAAUACACACACACUCAUUCACAGUUACACACACACACAUUCACGACAGACACAUAUAUACACUAACUGACAGACAUGCAUUCACCGACAGACACAUACAUACUCAUUGACAAGGCACACAUGCACACUCACUGACAGAAAUGCAUACACACUCAGUGUCAGACACACACACACACUGGGACACACUCACUGACGAUUACACACUGACAAACACAUAUACAACACUCACUGACAGACAUAUAUGUACUCAGUGUCAGACACACACAUUGACUGACAGACACACAUACACUAGCUGACCGACACACUGACAGACAUACACAUUCACUGACAGACACACAUACGCACACUAACACACAUGCAUACACACACAUUGAUAGACACUGAUACACACACACUAACACAUGCUGAAACACGCAUACGUACACUGACAUACACACUCAGUGACAGAUACACACACUGAGAGACACACAUACACACUCAUUGACAAACACGUAUACACUAUCACUGACAAACACACAUACACACACACUGACAAACACAUAUACACUCUAAUUGACAGACACACUCUCACUAACAGACACACAUUAACUCUCACUAAAAGACACACACUAACACUCACUAACAGACACACACUAACACAUUCUCAGUAGCAGACACAUAUUAACACACUCACUAACAGCACACAUACACUCUUGCUAACAGACACACACUAACACUCACUAACAGACACACACUAACACUCACUAACAGACACACACACUCUCACUAACAGACACACACUGACACACACACACUAACACUCACUAACAGUCACACACUAAGACACUAAGAGACAAAUACAGAAACAGAAACACUGACGCACACUGACACACACACUAACACACUCAAUAACAGACACACACACACACUAAGAGACAAAUACACUAACACACUCACUAACAGACACACACACACUAACACACUCACUAACAAACACACACACAAUUUAAAAUAAAAAAAAUUCAAGCUCAAUCCACCCAUCCUCCAUACCUUUAGGAGUGCUGGAGUGGAUUCUUCCCUGUCGUCCAGUGGGGCUGACUGCAGCUUGGCGGGCGGUCGGGCAGGCACUCAGGCACAGAGUGGAGGCGGGCCAUGAGGGAGCAGUGAUCUUCCCUGCUCAGCUCCCUCGCGUGCCUUUUAGUGAUGCCAGAGUGACGACAUAUUCCGGCUCUGGCAUCACUGAGGUGCGCGCGAGGGAGCUGAGCUGGGAAGAGCUCAGGGGAGAGUACUCCCUCGCCACCCACCUCCCACAUAAGGUAGAUGCCAGCCUGUGGGGGGGGGGUCGCCCUGAGGUGGCAAGCCAGCUCUUGGAGCCCCCAAGGACAAGAGGCUGGCAAAGCAUUUGCCAGGGCGUUUGGGGAGCGACUUUUUUGCCGUCCCCCUGAAAGUGCCGCCCAAGGCAAAUGCCUUGUCAGCCUCGCGGUAAAUACACUGCUGUCCUGGAUAACUGGAUAGUGUAAAUUUAAAAUUUUUGAUGUGCUUAAAAGGCUAGUGCAGUCUGGCAAAAUAUGUUUUUCGUGAUACAUUUUUUUUUUUUUUGUAUUGGUUGACAAUGGAUAUCACUACGAAAAAGUAAUUUCAUGUCAAAUACACUUGUUUUUUUACUCUAAGAAGGGGAAGGAAAAUAUGUGAAGAAUGCCCCACAGUAAAAAAACAUGUACAAAGUACACUGAUUGGCCACAACAUUAAAACUACCAACAGGUAAAGUGAAUAACAUUGAUUAUAUCAUUAAAAACAGCAUCUGUCAGAGGGUGGGAUAAUAUUAGACAGCAAAUUAUGAAUUUCAUGUGUUGGAAGCAGGAAAAAUAGGCAAACGAAACGAUCUUUGACAAGGGACAAAUAGUGAUGGCUAGAUGACUGGUUUAGAGCAUCUCUCAAACAACAAGUUUAGUUUGCAACCAAAAGUGGUGCAAAAUAGGACAACCAGUGAACCAGCAUCAGAGUCAUGGGCGCCCAAAGCUUAUUGAUGCACGUGGGAAGUGAAGGCUAGCCCGUCUAGUCCUCUAGCUCAAAUUGAUGAAAAUUCUGUUCAUGAUAGAAACAGUGCAAGGCAGUUUGAUGCAUAUGGGAUUGCAUGGCUGCAGACCAGUCAUAUUGCCCAUGAUGGCCCCUGUCCACCGCCAAAAGCACCUCUAAUAGGGACUUGAGCAUCAGAACUGGACCAUGGAGCAAUGAAGGAAGGUUGCCUGGUCUGAUGAAUUAUGUUUUCUUUUAGAUCAGGUAGAUUUCGAUUGUGUCUGCGUCAUUUACCUGGGAAAGAGAUGGCAGCAGGAUGCACUAUAAGAAAGAAGGCCAGCGGAGGAAGUGUUAUGCUCUGGGGAAUGUUCUGCUGGAAAAGUUUGGGUCCUGACAAUCAUGUGGCAGUUAUUUUGUCAUACACUACGUACCUAGAGAUUAUUGCAGACCAUGUACAUCCCUUCAUGAAAAUGGUGUUCUCUGAUGGCAGAGACCUCUUCAUGCAGGGUAAUGCCACACUACAACAAUUGUUCAGGAAUGAUUUAAGAAACAUGAGUUCAUGGUGUUGCCUGGGUCUUCAAACUCAAUUGAUUGAGCCUCUGUGGUAUAUUCUUGAACAACAAAUCUGAUCCAUGGAGGUCCCACCUCGCAACUUUCAGAAUUUAAAGGAUAUGCUGCUAAUAUCUUGGUGCCAAAUAAUACAGAGCACUUUAAAAGAUAUUGUGAAGUCUUUUCCUCGCAUGCAUCAGAGCUGUUUUGGCAGCACAAGGUGUAACUACACGAAACAGGUGGUUUAAAUGUUGUGGCUAAUCGGUGUUGACUAGUUCAAGAUGAAACAUUUGGGGCAGAACCUUACUAUUUUCUGGAUGCAAGCAUAUGGCUUAGUUCACUGAAAUCUGUUGUUUUUCAUUUGUAGGAUUCCAGUGCCCAGAAUGUGAAAAGGAGUUUCAAGGCAAGUUGUCUUUCCUGUCUCAUACUUGCUUCCUGCUCCCCAAAGGAAAGGAUGGUACAACUGUCAAACUCAUGAGGCGUGGCACCAAUUUUCACAGCCUGGCACAUGACAUGGAGAUUGCAGGUGAUGAAGCCCUAAAAUCUAUACUACUGGAGAAGACAAACUGCUUGGAUGAGGCAUUUACUUCCAACAAGAGAGACGAAGGAUUCAUAGUCAGUGUGGUCUCAAGUAGCAGAAGUACCGCAAAGAGGCUCCUGAAGGCGGAACAAAGGCAGAGUGCAUUUUCAGAAUUCCAAGGAGUAAAACGUGUUUUAAACACAGAGAAAGAUGGCAGAGAUACAGCAGGAAGUGCCUUCUCACCAGUUCCCGCCAGACGAAAGAUGACCUGUAGAAGUGAUGCACAGUGCUUCUGUGAUAUAUUUAGUGGUGUCACAGAGAUGAGAAUGAUGGAUUUCUGCAAUAAUUUUUCUUCUCCCUAUGAAUAUUUAUCAUUAUCCAAUUCUUGUUCCAGUCAUCCACUUCCUGAAGUGAGGCAAAAACCUGAAGUGGUCACCCAGACAAAUUCUCCCCAGCUGCUGCCACCAACGUUCACUCCUCUGGGUGUCACAGCACAGAACUGGUGUGCAAAGUGCAGACUCUCAUUUAGCAUGACCUCUGAUCUUGUACUUCAUAUGAGGUCACGCCACAAGAGGGAGGCUGGGGUAGAGACACAGCGCAAGAGGAGGAGAGAAUUACAGCUGUCCUGUCCUGUCUGUUAUGCUUGCUUUAGGGAACGUCAUCACUUGUCUCGUCACAUGACCUCACACUGCUGACAGGAUGCCCUUUGAAUCUCUAAUCCCAUCAUAUAAUUUCACAUUUGUAUAUCAGCCAAAGUUGUUUCUUUUUCUUAACUGAAGCUCAGCAAAUUGGAUUGCCUCAUUGUUGACUAGUGGUGUCUUGGCUAGGGGAAGAGGUGUUACUUCAAUUGUAUUGUGCUUGCAAUUGCUCAUACAAUAUGUUAAUAAGUGAUGGCUCAGACAAUAUGCAGACAAACCUCAACACAGCAUGUUUUACCUAAUUCCACUCUUUGCUCUAUUAAGUUCUUUUUAGUAAAUGCUAGUGUAUUGGAAAGAUCUGAGUAAUGUGGAUUGGUGUUUUUGAUGUACUUCUUUCUACAUCAAAUAUGCUUCUAUUCUGUUAUAAUUGAAGGUACAUUUUGCUGGCCGUUCCUCCACGAUUAAAAGCAGUUUGCCUUCCUCUGAGAUUAAUGUUUAAAAUACACUGUCA